UCGUGUUGUUGUUAUUUGGAAGUUGGGGAGGGGGGCAGGAAAGGGGGCGAAGGGAAGGAGACCCGGGAGGAGAUCGCCGUCGUGGGGCCGCCUCGUCCUCUUCAUCUUCCCCGCGGUUCCUCUUCCUUCUGCUUCUGCUGCAUCUCUCAAGGCGGACUAUGACCAUGUUGUUAGACGGCGGGCCUCAGUUCCCCGCGCUGGGAGUCGGAGGCUUUGGAGCGCCUUGCCAUCACCCGCACGACGUGGCGAACCGCGACGCUGCCGCUGUUGCAGCUGCCGCGGCCAUGGGACUCAACCACCCCUUCGGGGACUCGUCCUUUAAAAUAAGCCCGGGCCCCCACGAGCUGGCGUCGGGACAAGGCUCUGCUUUCACGCCGCAAGCGUCGGGCUACCCGCACCAUCACCAUCACCAUCACCGUCACCCUCCGCACCCGCCUCACCCUCAUCAUGCCGGCCAGGUGCCUUCCUCUUACGCCGCCGCGGCCGCCGCGGCCGCUUUCAACUCCACGCGGGACUUUCUCUUCCGCAACCGCGGGGGAUCCGCGCUCGGGGAUUCCCCCGCCGGCGGCGGCGGUGGCGGAGGAGGGGGAUCCGCGGCGGCGGCUGCGGCUGCAGCUCAGCACGGCCUCUUCGGCGGCAAUGCGCCCAGCGGGCUCCACGCUCCUCCGGGCAUUCCGGACAGCCCUGGCGGCUACUUGCUGUUCCCAAGUUUGCACGAGCAGAACCCCAGCCACACCUCCCCGACCGGGCACGUGGAGAACGGGCAGAUGCAUCUGGGCUUGCGGGGGGACUUUUUCGGGAGGCCGGAGACGUACCGAGGGGUCUCCAGCCCCCGCGCGGACCCUUAUGGGGGCCCGACUCAGUUCCACAACUACAGCCCCAUGAAUGUGAACAUGGGGGGCAUGAACGUGGCGGCCGCGGCGGCCGCGGCUCACCACCGUCACCACCACCACGGCGCGGGAGCCUUUUUCCGCUACAUGCGGCAGCCCAUCAAACAGGAGCUCUCCUGCAAAUGGAUCGAGGAGCUGUCGCAGCCUCCGGCUCCUCCGGCUCCUCCGCAUCAGCAACAGCAGCCUCACCAGCCGCCACUGAGCCGACCCAAAAAGAGCUGCGACCGGACUUUCAGCACCAUGCACGAACUGGUCACCCACGUCACCAUGGAGCACGUCGGAGGCCCUGAGCAGAACAACCACAUCUGCUACUGGGAGGAAUGUCCCCGCGAGGGCAAGUCCUUCAAAGCGAAAUACAAACUCGUCAACCACAUCCGCGUCCACACCGGCGAGAAGCCCUUCCCGUGCCCUUUUCCCGGCUGCGGGAAGAUCUUCGCCAGGUCGGAGAACCUCAAAAUCCACAAGAGGACGCACACAGGAGAGAAGCCCUUUAAGUGUGAGUUUGAAGGCUGUGACCGGCGUUUUGCAAACAGCAGCGACCGAAAGAAGCACAUGCACGUUCACACAUCAGACAAGCCAUACAUCUGCAAAGUCUGCGACAAGUCCUACACUCACCCCAGCUCCUUAAGGAAGCACAUGAAGGUCCAUGAGAGCCAAGGGUCAGAAUCCUCUCCGGCGGCUAGUUCCGGCUACGAGUCCUCCACCCCACCAGCCGUCGUGGCUGCCACCAGCAAGGACUCCAGCAAACCACCACCACCAGCAGCUGUUCAGACCGCCAACCCCAGCCACAACCAAGAACUGCCCCCCAACUUUAACGAGUGGUAUGUCUGAUGAGGACAAAUUCAACUCCUCUCCUCCCCCACAAAAUCAUCAUCAACAACAAAACCCAGAUUAACCAGACUGUACCAAAAACAUUCCUGUUGACAUCAAAGGACACUGGAUUCAUCCUUGGCCUGCCAUUGGAGUUUGCAGGACAAAAAAA